AUGCUACCGCAGCAGAGGCGAGAGGAGCAGAAGGACACGGAGGCCAGUGUGGCCCUCACACCCCCGACUUCCCUUCUCUCCACCGUCAGAGUGGACGCCACCUCCAGCAUCGUCUUCCUGCCUCUCAUAGCUGCCACGAGCCGGCCUCCUGGAGGACAGGCUGGGCCCAGGGCUGGAUCACCGAGCAGACAGCCAGAAUCAGCGUCCCUGAGAGCUCAGCGGCCGGUGUUCCCGCAAGGCAGCCUGGCCCCUGCAAUCGGCGAGGGCACCUGGCCUCGAGGUCAUGGCUCCUACCUCCCCGCUCCACUCCCCAGUGGUCAGCCAGCACGUCCGAAAGGAAGGAACAGUCUAGAAGGAAUCACAGCCCUGAGACGAGGGAGCGGCAACGAGCCCAACACACGGGGCAGAGUUAGCACCUCCCAACGUGAAAACCCAGCUGCUCUGAAGGAAAGAGCCCCGGGAGCGUCAGGGACGGAGCGGGAGCCCUGGGUGACCGGUGACCGUGCCCGGACAGAUGUGCGCCUCGGCCGGCCGGCGGGCACCCCAUCCCCACCUCGCCUCUGCGCUUGCCUCGCGGCCUGGACGUCCCUCCCCCUCACCUCCUCACUGGCCCAGCCCGCCUCCGCGGCCACCGGCGGCCACCGGGCCCAUGGGAAGGGCCCCCCACCCUCUGCGCUCUCAGCGGGGGCCCUGCAGGCACCCGGUGCCGCGUUUAACUCUGAUCUGAGCCCCUGGGGGGCAGCAGGUCACCGAGCCAGAAGGGCAGGCAAGGUGUCGGCCACACCGUAG